ACUUCCGCCCGGGCCUGGCCGAGGUUCGGCUCCGCGGGCCGAGGCGGGGUACGGUGGUGGGAGCUGUGGGAGGAGGUGGCCCGGCAGGUCGAGGAGCUCAAGCCCAGACCAAUCCCCGCGUCCGGGGCCGCGACCCUGAUCUGCAGCGCACUGAGAAGCGAAACCGGCCGGAUGGGCCGCUGAGCCCGAAUCGGGGACCGUGUGGAGCCCCCUGGAGCUAAGAUCAGGAUGUUCCGCUUCAUGAGGGACGUGGAGCCUGAGGAUCCCAUGUUCCUGAUGGACCCAUUUGCUAUUCACCGUCAGCAAAUGAGCCGUAUGUUGUCAGGUGGCUUUGGAUAUAGCCCCUUCCUCAGCAUCACAGAUGGCAACAUGCCAGGGACCAGGCCUGCCAGCCGCAGGAUGCAGGCUGGGGCUGUCUCCCCCUUCGGGAUGCUGGGAAUGUCGGGUGGCUUCAUGGACAUGUUUGGGAUGAUGAACGACAUGAUUGGGAACAUGGAACACAUGACAGCUGGAGGCAAUUGCCAGACGUUCUCAUCCUCCACUGUCAUCUCCUACUCGAAUACGGGUGAUGGUGCUCCCAAGGUCUACCAAGAGACAUCAGAGAUGCGCUCAGCACCAGGCGGGAUCCGGGAGACUCGGAGGACUGUUCGGGAUUCGGACAGUGGACUAGAGCAGAUGUCCAUCGGGCAUCACAUCCGGGACAGGGCUCACAUUCUCCAGCGCUCCCGAAACCACCGCACAGGGGACCAGGAGGAGCGGCAGGACUACAUUAACCUGGACGAAAGUGAGGCCGCAGCAUUUGAUGAUGAGUGGCGGAGGGAGACAUCCCGAUUCCGGCAGCAGCGCCCCCUGGAAUUUCGACGGCAUGAGGCGUCAGGGAGCGGGGGACGAAGGGCUGAGGGGCCUCCCCGCCUGGCCAUACAGGGACCUGAGGACUCCCCCUCCCGACAGUCCCGCCGCUAUGACUGGUGAGGGCCCUUGGCCCGCAGCCCCUCUUGUACAGGCUGAGAGGCUGAGAGAUCAUCCCCUGAAAUAACUUUUUCCUCUCCAACUCCCACCCCCAAUUUAAUAUUAAAUUAACAGGCCAGCUGGCCCCCACCUCUCCCUGGGGGUCUCAGGGAGAACCUUUCACUGUACCCUCUGCCUACUUUUUCCUUCUUUAAUCCCCUCACCAUGAUGACUCCACUUCUCCUGUGUCCACUAACUUGAUUUUCCAUUUUGCUGCUCCAUCUCCGAACCUCCUCGCCGUCCCCAUUCUACCCUGCCAUGCAUUGAAGGGCCUCUGGGGUGAGCUCUGGGUUCAGGGGCCUUCUCCAUCCCUCAGCUACCCCAGAUCUUUGCCCACCUCUUCCUCGGAGCCCCCACUGCGGGGCCAUAGCCCCGUGCAGGGCUGUGGAGGGAGCCGACUGGCUCCCAACUCCUUCUCCCCUGCAAUCCCACCUAGACACACAUCACAAAAAUCUUCCCUACACCCAUCUCCGCCUUUAUUUUUUGAUUUGUGCAACUUGUAACUAGGUGUUUAUGGAAUAAAGGAGAAUGGAAAAAAGA